AUGGCAAUCUCAGCGACCGGAUCGAGUAGUGAUGCUGCACCAGCAUCACGAGGCGAGUACGAUGUGUUCCUGAAUUUCAGAGGAGAAGAUACUCGUCAUGGAUUUACAGAUUUCCUCUACUACGACUUGAAUGUUGCAGGAGUCCACGUGUUUAGGGAUAAAGAAAAACUCCCGAUUGGUGAAGUGAUUAGUGAGAAACUUAAACAAGCUGUCAAGAACACCAUAAUCUACAUACCGAUCUUCUCUAAGACUUAUGCUUCCAGUAAAUGGUGCCUUCAUGAGUUGAAGCUCAUGAUAGACAAUGUCUCUGAAUCAGAGGAUAAAAAAAGUAUCCUUCCCAUUUUUUUCCACUUGGAAUCCGACGAUGUCAAACUUAAGAAAUCACUAUAUGAAGCUGAUCUCAAGAAACACGAGGAGGACUUUUGUGAUGAAGUCGAGGGAUGGAAAGGAGCUCUUAUAAAGGUAACUGAACACAAGGGAUGGGUGGUGACAAAGGACUAA